GUACCGGCAGCACCCUGUAUAUAUUGUUAUUUUUUACUGCUGCUCUUUAAUUACUUGUUACUUUUUAUCUCUUAGUCUUAUCCGUAUUUUUGGAAACUGCUCUGUUGGUUAGGGGCUUGUUUCACUGUAAGGUCUACUACACCUGUCGUAUUCGGCGCAUGUGACUGAUAAAAUGUGAUUUUAUUAAAAUUGGAUUUGAUUUGAUUUGAGAAGUGUUCGGAUUUGAAAACAAGUUACAGAAUUGUGCAUCUCUUUACAUUGGUUACCUUUCAAUCCCCAGUCCUAAUCUCACCUAUUUAAAUGUACUAACACCAUAGUGUUUCAGAUUUUCCCUCAAGUGCAGAGGUUAAGGCUGUGCGUGUUAUAAUUCUAACUGUGGACCAUAGAUUUGAGGGUUUUGGCCAUGUUUGCAUCUUCACUACUCUCUGCCUACAGCAGUCACAAUGGACAUGUUGUUCUCUAAUAGAAACCCUUGGCUAGUAAGUAACAUACAGAUCAAACACGCAGAGAGGACUUUCCCCCCAUUUUAACCAAUACUAAACGGCAGGCAUUAAAACUACAAAAAGUAUUGUAAUGUAAAUGAAUGUAAAUUCCCACUCCUUUUUCUCCACCAGCUAAGUGCUUUAUUAUCUGAGUUUGAGAUCAUAUGGACAAUGUUCCUGUUUCUACCUUUAUGAAGGUUAACUCUCAUCUGAUAAUUCCAUCACUGAGUGAUUUUGACCUAUAAAGCCACUAAAAUAUACAUCUUCCCAAUGAGAUGUCAUGGCAACCCAGAGUGGUGUGUUGUCGAUAGAUGGAGUUGGUUAGAGUGACUAAAAGCCUGAGGAAGAAGGAGUUCAGAGAGAGAGAGCGAGUACAGCUUGAGCUCGUCCAUUAGUGCAGCUCUCUGGUCUGUCUGUUGGUAGAGCUCAAUAGAGUUUAAAAUACAGAUAGUGAAGGGGAUCAGUGGGGUGUCUGAGGUCAGGGACAGCCAGAGGUUACAUUGACCAGAGAGAUCUAUUCCUGGCUGAUAUUAAGUUACAGUAACUUAUGGCUGCUUUGCAUUACAAGAAAAAGGAAUGAUUAAACACCGGUGACUGUGUGUUUUGACUUGAAACUGUUCAAACCUUUCAAUUGACAAAUAAGCAUGAUUUGGUAACGAACAAAAAAGACCAACCAUGUUUGAAACCAUAACCAAACAGACCAGCAGAUGUCAGUAUGACUGCAUUGAGAAGUUGUCCUGACUAUCAGUGGGAGAGGACUACACAGGGUGGUUUUUCCAGUAAAAGGUCCUGCACCAGAGAGAGAGAGAAUACUCCAGGGAGAGUUUUCUAUUCAUCAUUUGUCAACCAUGUCAUACCAUCAGUUUAACCUAUUCCCCAGCUGGACCCGGCCCAGUCCUACAGACAGCAAGGGAAGUGGAGAGAUUGUGGAGAGAGUGACAGUGUGUGUGUGUGUGUUUGUUUUUUUGUUUGGGAGGGACUGUGGUAUCGGCUACUGUGAGACAUUAGAGGGGGUGAGCGGGGUAUGGUCUCCGUAAUCUGUCACAUGGGGAUAGCCCAACCCAGACCUCUCUCAUCAGAGAGGUGCGUAGGACAGCCUCAUGUCUGGCUGAUAGAACCUACAGGGAUUAUUAAUCAAGCCCUCCAUGUCCCAUCUGUAGGUUAACAGUACCAGAGCCUGUACAGGUAACACUGCCAACAAGCAGCCUAUGUCCAAGAGAUGGGUGAGUGCUGCUUUGCCUGGCUUUGGUCUUCUGAUGUUGCAUCAUUGAGGGAUUUGUGCUUAUAUGAUGGCGCUGUUACCAAGGCUUUUGGUAAACAAGGAUAAUUAACAUAGGGAUGCAAUAAUGCAUUACAUGAGAGUAAGUUUAUGAUGCUCCAAGUAAACUUGGAUAAAAUUAUUUUUUUUUAAGUAAAAAAAAAAAAAGUUAGAUGAGCUUCCAAAGUAAGGUCAAACGUUGGGAAAAUCAGAUUCAGCUAAAAGAGAAGAGGACAUCAUUUAAACAGGCAAAUAGUAAUAGGGUUUAUGGUAUGGUCUGCUCAUCCCGUUAUCUCAUUUUCACUCCACCGCUUGCAUGUGAAGUCACUAAUGUUGAAGAGGACAGUGCGCCGUGUCCAAUUGUGCUGAGGUGGACUCUCUCAAACUCUCUCUCUCUCUCUCUCUCUCUCUCUCUCUCUCUCUCUCUCUCUCUCUCUCUCUCAAACACUAACAUAGUACACAUACUCACAGCAUGCGCUCUGCGCACCGCUCUGAUCUAUACACACUCGAACGCAGCACACAAGCAUCGCUGUGCUACUGUCUUGGAAAAGGCAAUAGGUGCGCAUCCUAUGAAGCGCUGUUUUGUUUGUUUUUACUGUUCUCAGCAAACGAGGAAAUAUCAUCUUAUUCUGACAUACUCUGGAGUUUGGAAGCACCUGCUCCUGUUCUGGGGUCAACAAUUUCAAAGGAGACUUCUGAGGCAUAGCGACAGAGACACCAGAGCGAGGAUGUGUGGGGUGGACGUGGACCUGGAUGAGGGGGGCUCAGGUGACGAGGAGAAGGAGCAGGAGUUCUGGGUGGGGGAGGGGGUGAAGAUGCUGCCCCCUCCCCUGGCCCACAGUGAGGGCAGCGCGUGGGGAAGCCGCCGGGGCAGGUGUGGCUGUGUGACGUGCGGGGCGGGGCUGCUGUUGUGGAACGUGGGCGUGGUCCUGGUGUGUGUCCUGGUCCUGAUGGCCGUGUUCACCCUGGUCCUGCUGCCCGCCUCGCUGCUGCUCUACGUCGGCUUCCUCUGCCACUCACGGGUCCUAGACUCCCACUCUCCUUUCUGCCGUUACCUCGACGACAACAGUUGCUCCGCCCUUAUUAUCCUGGGCUUCGUGAUGAUGUCACCGCUGGUGGUGGUCGCGGCAGCCAUCUUCUGUGGGCUGCUCCGGAGGCUGCGGCUCCUCCUGCUGUUUCAGCCAAUUACACGCGCCUGGUACCGUGGACCGGGCUUGGACUGGGGAGGCGACGUCCUUGCUUGGGUCUGAUUGGACCAACACUCUAAUAAACCAGUUGUCUAAAAGUUUAAUAGGUCAACGGUCAAGAGAGAAUCCAGUCCUGGAGAAUCACUGUGUCACCUAAUGUAUUUAGUGUCCCAUUAAACUGUAGUGAAUGUCAUACAAUCAAAUGGAUAUAACGGGAACCAGUACAAUUAUUUAAAAACAAAGCUUGACAUGUUAACAAGGCAGUGGUUAGGGGACUAUUGCUAGUCAGAGAGGAGGCAGUGGAGGUAAUGGUGGGAUACACUAGCAGCUGUUCUCUGUGAAUUUGUAUUGGUUAUGUAUAUUUAUAUUUUUCUGUUAACAUAUAGUUGUGAACAUGAUGUAGCAGAGAAACGAAACAGUAUUGCAUAAACUGUCACUCAAAUGUCUAGAAUGGAAGGAAAAUCUGUUUACAAUCUUACUUCAUUUGACAGAUGUUGUUCAUUCUAUUGAUUUCAUUAUUUUCACCAUCUGGGUUAAAGGGCAAUUCUGCCACUUUUCAAGCUCAUAUUCAUUAUCUUCAGCACCAAACCAGUAUCUAAAUCAAAUAGAAUUGUAUUGGUUGCAUACACAUAUUUAUCAGAUGUCAUUGCGCGUGUAUCAAAAAGAUCCAACAGUGCUGUAAUAGUGUGAGUGUGUCUGAAUAAUGAUGAGUGAGAAAGUUACACGCACAAAUAUCAUACACCUCAAAAAUGAUAACUUCCCCUGUUAUAGUAUUUGUGAGAGGUUAGCAUGUCUCGGGGGUAUGAUAUUUGUGAGUCUGUCACUUUCUCACUCAUCAUUAUUCAGACACACUCUCUCAGACACACACUUUAAGUAUUAAUGGUGAUAAGAGGGAGGGUUCCAGUACAGUGGGUCUGCAGUGGCAUGAUUCACUCUGCCUGGAAUAAUGUUUGAUAGUCAUCUUCAGACUCCUCAUUAAACUUCAAACUCUCCAACUUUAGAUGUACUGACAAGUACAUGCACUUAUUCAUUUCCCCCUGAUGUGGCCCAAUUAACUGGGGUUUAAUGUGACCAAUUUUAACACUGAGUAGCUUAAUAGACUGUACUCUUUUUUUUACACUCAGGGCUGUUACUGUAACACACACUGUUAAAAUAAAGUGCUUUGUAA